AUGUUCACGCCCCACUGCCUAUUGGAGCAGCUGAAGCCAGAGUCUGUCGAGCACUACUUGGAAUCUCUCAGAACACCAAUGCAUCCCACUCUACUGGCCAAAAAGAUGCUCAUGUUGGGUACGAUGCUUCAGCGCGUUCCGACCCACGCCGGAGAGGAUGCGUCCGAAGAAACCUAUCGUCUCGUGGACAAGCUCGCGGAGACGGCCAUCUCUGUGGUGUGCGAGAACAACGUGCUCCUGGGCACGCUCGAUGGCCUCGAAUGUCUCAUUCUACAAACUGUCUAUCAUGCCAAUGGAGGCAAUCCAAGAUUAUCAUUGCUGACCUGCCGCCGCGCGAUUACUGUGGCCCAGUUGAUGGGCCUGCACCGCCCACACGACCCGGCUACCAUUGAGACCGUGGACCCGAAUUCGACAGCCGUGCCUGGCUUCGUGUGGUUUCGUCUGGUAUACUUAGAACGCUUCAUCUGCCUACUUCUAGGGCUUCCCAGCAGCACCCAUGAUGCAAAGGUCAUCAACGACGAAAAGACGCAGACGUACAUCAACAGCCAUCACAUUGACAGGCUCGAACAAGUUCACUCCUCUAUCGCCGCUAAGAUCAUACAACGAAACGAGUCGGGGUCAUAUCUAUUCGAUAUGGAAACCACUCACGCACUAGACCAGGAGCUCCAAGUUAUAGCAACAACCAUGCCCCCGCGAUGGUGGACUAUUCCCAACUUCACCAAGCCGUACAAAGACCCCAUGACAAUCGUUCGCAACAGCCUCAACCUAGCCAACCAGCUCUUCCACUUCUUCCUCAUCAUCGAAAUCCACCUACCAUUCAUGCUCCGCCACUCCAAGAACGGCGCGGCCAGCAGCAGCAGAAUGGCUUGUGUCGACGCGAGCAGGGAAGUCCUCUCCAGGUUCAUCGCGAUCCGUAACCCGGAGGGAAUAUGCAGUAUCCCCGACGCCGCUGACUUCUUCGCGCUCAUUGCGGCCAUGACGCUUAUGCUCGCGCACAUCGACGCCCGCAGACGCGACAGGGGGAGAGAUAUCCUCGCGCACCAGAGGCAUACGGACCGCGACAAGGUCGAGCAGACGUUGGAGCACAUGCGUGACGGGAGCUCCAAGAAUACGGAUAUGCUUUCCAUGAAGAGCGCCGAUGUCUUGAAGAGCUUACUUGCGAUCGAAGCUGAUGCUGCCGGGGGUUCGACGUUCACUGCGAGUCUCAGUUCUGCGUCGACGCCGGCUUCGGCUUCAUGUCCUGCCGGUGAAGGUCGGAGCACAGGUGAUGCCAGGAAUGUGCUGCAGCUUAAGAUUCCUUGUUAUGGGACGGUCAUCAUCUCGCCUGAUGCUCCUCCUUCUCGCGAACCUUGGAUGCCUGUCAGUCGUAACCAGCAGGGUAUGGUUCCGGACAGUCGUGCUCCGGGAAAUCUCAGUGCUGCGAGCCCCUUUGUUGCAGGUCCCAUGGCAGGAGUAUGUCCAGGCGGGGGGGCUAGUGUGAUGCCAGGCUUGAGUGGUCAGGGUGAGAAUCUGCAGCUCGAUCCUAAUGUCGAUCCUAGAUGGCUCUUUGAACUCGGAAAUCCCAAUCUUCUGGGCAAUGGAAUCGCCGCUGGGUUAGAGGAUUGGCCGUUUCAGGGGGUUGAUGCUGCUUUUUUUGACAGUAUGAUCAGAGGGUUCGAAGGUGGUGACGACUAUGGCGGUGCAAAUGUGCCAUGA